CCUUGCUAGUUUUCACCAAAUUUCGUUGCCCUCGGACAUUUAUCGGGAUUCGGUGAUCAGUUUGGUCUUGUUUAGGUGAAACAUGGCAGAGUCGAAAUUUUUCAUUAAAUUUAGGAAACUUGUGGCAGUAUUCCUCGAUUUCGAGAAUGAAUACAAUGCUAUGAACAACGACGAUCAUACCAUGUUUACUGUGGAACUGCGGAAGGCAGAACUUAACAGGCUUUGGAAUAGGAUAAACACAGCUUAUGAGAGUUUCAGUGUUGAAUGCGAUGGGUCGGAGAAUGAAGAAGAGGCUUCACGUUUAUAUAGGCAGUGUAGAGAAGCCUACAUCAGUUGUGCAGCACAAAUGGGUGAGUUGUCCCAGUCAUUCGCUAACCAUUCCACUUUGUCGUCAACAAUGGCUAGUCCUCACCAAGUCCAACGGAGAGAACCUUUGGAAAAUAGAUUUUUGGACCAUCGUUUGCGUUUGCCACCCUGCACCACUGAAGUUUUUCACGGUGACUACUUGUCAUGGCCUUCGUUUAGAGAUAUGUUUACAGCCGUAUACAUUGAUUGUAAAUCCAUUACACCUGUUGAGAAGCUGUUCUAUUUGCGUCAAAGUACUCAGGGGGAGGCUUUGGAAAUAGUUAAAAAAUCCCCUUUGACGAAUGAUGGGUUUGAGAACGCAUGGUCCAAUCUUAAAAGUCGAUAUGAGAACAAGAGAAUAUUGGUCAAUAGUCAGUUGAAGAUUCUUUUUAAUCUUGGAUCGGUUAAAUCCGAGUCAGCAGGGGAGAUAAAUCGCCUUCAGCGGGACAUCAAUAAUUGUAUUACCGCUUUGAAAUUGCAUGAAAUCGAUAUACACAGUUGGGAUCCAAUUUUUGUAUUUUUGUGCUCAACCAAGUUACCAACUAAUACUUUAUCGCUUUGGGAGCAGACUGUUAGAAAUAAGACGGAGAUUUCAAAGUGGUCGGAUCUGGACGAUUUUCUGACAGCUAGAUUCCAGUCUUUGGAAACAGUGUAUGACCUGACACAUUCCCAUGAGGUUAAACCGACGGAUACAAAGGAUUCUCACGAAGCUUCCCGGUCCAGCAGCAAGGUAAAGUCGUACCAGACUAAUAUGGAUAAAAGAUUGUGUUUUGUGUGUUCACAAGAUCAUGUUGUGAAGUCCUGCCCAAGGUUUUUAGAAAUGAAUCAAGAGCAAAGGUUUAUUACUGUGAAAAGGAAUAAUCUUUGUUUGAAUUGCUUCAGCAGUAAUCAUAAGCUAAAUCAGUGUACAAGCAAAUUUAGUUGCUCGAAAUGCAAAUUGAGGCAUCACACUCUCUUGCAUAAAGAAUCUAGACAGCUGGAUACUGAAGACAUGGUGAAUUUGGAGGCUCAGCCUGGUACGAGUCGGUUUGCGGCCCAGAACGCUGCGAGUGAUGAAUCCAGGGUACAAAAUUGUUUCGUAUCUACUCGGAAGCAGGUGCUUUUGGGGACGGCCAUUGUUCACAUUGAGGUUAAUGGAACUGUUUUCUCGGCAAGGGCGUUGAUUGAUUCUGGCUCUCAGGCUACAUUUAUUUCCGAGAAACUACAACGACGACUUAAUCUCCCUGUAAGAAAGGUCAAUGCCAGGGUGUCAGGUUUAAAUAAUGCAUUAGCGGGAUCAGCGGAGAAACAAUGUGAAUUUUCUUUGAAGUCUCCUCAUAAUGUGGGUUUUGAGGUGCAAGUUUCUAGUUUAGUUCUGCCACGAUUAACGGGACGUCUGCCUGGUCACACUCUUGACAUUCCAGAUUCCUUUUCGUUGGGCGAUCUUCCUUUGGCCGACCCGAAAUUCGGUAGGAGUGAUCAAGUGGACAUAUUAAUUGGCGGUGAUAUCUAUCCUCAGAUCUUGCUGGGUGGUGUUCGGCAAAACGUACUCGGGUCUCUUGUGGCCCAGGAAACUAUUUUUGGCUGGAUACUUACAGAGCCGAUUUCUGACUCAAGUCCUGGGACAUUUACUACCUGUGUCUCAUUUUGCACUGCGGUCGAGCUAGACAGGCUUUUGGAGAGAUUUUGGUUAUUAGAGGAACCACCCAAGGUUUUCAAAUACAGUCCAGAUGAUGAAUAUUGUGAAGACGUCUACAAAAGUACUACUACAAGGUUGCCGGAUGGUCGAUAUGUUGUAUCGCUACCUUUUAGACCUCAAUUUGCAAAUGGGAAGGGUCUUGGUCUUUCCAGGACGAAGGCGUAUCGCCAGUUUUUGAGAAAUGAGGUGUCAUUGUGUAAUAAACCGGAAUUUAAGUCCACAUAUGACGGUGUCCUUGAUGAAUAUGUGCUAUUAGGCCAUAUGACGGAGAUCCCUAAAAUUCAAGAGGAUUUGAAUUCUUUUUAUCUUCCCCAUCAUGCAGUAAUUAAACCUGAGAGCACUUCCACAAAGGUAAGGGUAGUCUUUAAUGCCUCUUGUAAAACUUCCACCGGCUUGAGUUUAAACGACACUUUGUACCCUGGUCCCAUUCUGCAAAAUGACCUAAUGUUGUUGAUAAUACGAUGGCGUUUUUAUCGGUUUGUUUUUAAUGGGGACAUCGAGAAGAUGUACCGUCAAAUUUGGCUACAUAAGGAACAUACAAGAUUCCGGAGAAUAGUUUUUCGCAAGGAUCCCAAGGCUGUUUUAAAAGAUUUUGAGUUAAAAACUGUGACAUUUGGUGUUAAUUGUGCACCAUUUUUGGCCAUUAGAACCCUGUUACAGUUGGCCUCAGAUGUUGAGAAGGAGCUGCCUUUGGCAGCUAAGAUAUUGCGUCAUAUGAUGUAUGUGGAUGAUGCUCUCGCGGGAGCACACGAAGUGACACUGGCUAUAGCGGCUAGGGACCAAUUGAUUCAAGCCUUGUCCUCUGCUGGGUUUUCUAUGAGGAAGUGGACCGCGAAUGAUGAAAAAAUUCUGCAGGGAUUACCAUCUGGCCACCGUCUUAGUGAGAAUUUUUUGGAAAUCGAAGACGAGAGUAAUGCCAAGACGUUGGGUAUAAGGUGGAACGCCAAGGGUGAUUUCUUCUAUUUUUCAGUCAAGCCAAUUCAAAUGAAGCUGAAUUUUACGAAAAGAGAAGUUUUAUCUAUAAUUGCCAGCUUAUUUGAUCCUGCUGGUUGGCUUGGUCCCGUUAUUGUUGUUGCCAAGAUCUUGAUGCAGCAGAUUUGGGGUGAAGGAAUUGGUUGGGAUCAGGAAUUGACUGAGAGGAGCCACAAUAUGUGGAAUCAGUUUAUUUGUGACUAUGUGUCAUUGAAUCACAUUAGGAUUCCAAGGUGGGUGGGGUUUCACCCUAGCGCUCAAGUAGAACUUCAUGGAUUUUCGGACGCUUCAGAAAAGGCUUAUGGAGCUUGCAUUUAUGUACGAGUUGUGGAUGGUGGAUCCGUACAGGCUCAUUUAUUACUGGCUAAAUCGAGGGUAGCCCCUCUGAAGAUUGUUUCGCUGCCGAGGUUAGAACUUUGCGGAGCUCUUUUGUUGGCAGAUUUAAUGGGAGUCGUUAGAACCGAUUUGUGUUUAGAUGAGAAGAACACUAAAUUUUAUUGUUGGUCCGACUCUAUGAUUGUUCUUGCUUGGCUCCAAAAACCACCUAGCUCAUGGACGACCUUUGUUGCAAAUAGGGUGUCGAAAAUUCUUGAUAAGGUUGGAAAGGACAACUGGAGACAUGUCCGAUCAGAGUGUAAUCCUGCUGACCUGAUUAGCAGGGGUGUUCGCCCUCAAGAUCUUAUAGAUGAGACCCUAUGGUGGCAGGGACCGUCUUGGCUACAAUCUCCUAAUAGCCAGUGGGACAAGAGCAACGUUGACUUUGCUACAGAGGAGGAGGAACGGAAGGUGAAACUCUUCUCAACUUUCAUUAAGGAUUAUGAGGAAAUUCUUGACAGGUUCUCAUCCUAUGCCAGGGCAUUGCGUGUAAUGGCUUAUGUUUUUCGGUUCAUUGACUGUUUAAAUGGCCGGAGGAAUUUUUCGCAGACAUCAGUGAGUUCGGAGGAGCUCCAGCUUUCGAAAGAACGUCUGGUUGUUGUUGCCCAAAAGGUUUAUUUCACUGACGAUUACUAUAGAUUGUUGAAUAAUCAAUCGAUUUCAAAUAGAAGUCAUUUACUUUGCUUAAACCCAUUUAUUGAUCCGAAGGGCCUGAUGCGCGUUGGCGGCCGGCUGGAUAAUGCCACUUCUCUGUCGUAUAGUGAAAAGCAUCCUUUGAUUUUGCCCUAUAACUGUAGAAUAUCGAGGCUUCUGAUAGUCUUCGUACAUCAAAUGACGCUGCAUGGUGGUAAUCAAUUGAUGCUUAGAGUUUUGAGAACGGAAUUUUGGAUACCCCGGGUUAAGAAUUUGAUUCGAUGGGCCAUAAAUCGUUGUAGAAUUUGUUCAAUAAUGGCAAAAAAGACACGUUGUCAGUUAAUGGCGUCUUUGCCAGUCUCUAGAACAAUACUUGACAGGGCCUUUACUCGAACUGGUGUGGAUUUCGCAGGGCCAUAUGAUAUAAAGAACUAUACAGGUCGAGCAUGUUUGAUAACGAAAGGAUACGUGUGUCUUUUUAUAUGUUUUGCCACAAGGGCUGUCCAUUUAGAAGCAGUUAGUGACUUAUCGUCAACAACCUUCUUGGCAGCUUUCUCCCGUUUUGUUUCCCGCCGGGGUUGCCCCAAGGAAAUGUAUUCGGACAACGGCACUAAUUUCGUUGGAGCUUCGAAGACUUUGAAAUCCGAGUUUCGGGAAUUUCUUAAGGUGAUUGGCCCUCAACUAACGGGAUCAUAUGCGACACAGGGCAUCAGUUGGCAUUUUAAUCCAGCAAGCGCACCACAUAUGGGCGGUUUGUGGGAGGCUGGAGUGAAAUCUUUCAAGCAUCACUUUAGAAGAAUAGCGGGUAGUCUUAAAUACACCUUCGAAGAAUUUUCAACACUCUUGGCCCGUAUUGAGGCUUGCCUAAAUUCGCGGCCACUUUGUCCUAUAUCUGAUGAUGUAUCUUGUUUGGACGCGCUGACACCAGGACAUUUUUUGAUAGGUGGGCCCAUUUUAGCUCCCCCCGAACCAGACAUUCGAGAGACACCUGAAUCAAUUGUCAACCGUUGGCAAAGGGUUAAGGCUUUAAAUCAGCUCUUGUGUCUCCGGUGGAAGAAUGAAUACUUGAAGGAACUAACGAGAAGAAAUAAGUGGAAAAAUCCUGACGACAAUGUGAAAGUGGAGGAUAUGGUAGUUAUUAAGGAGGACAACAUCCCACCGAAUGAAUGGAGAUUAGGUCGUGUCACUAAGGUGUUACCAGGCGUCGAUCAGCUGGUGCGUGUUGUAGAGGUCAAGACCGAACGUGGCCCGAUAGUGAGGCCAGUAGUAAAACUGGUCGUCCUACCCUCUAAUUAG